CUGUCCGUACGAUCGGGGAUCGGACGGUCGAUAUAGAGCCGAGCAAGGAGAUGUCUGGCUCCUUGUGCCAUCCCAGCCGUUGGAUCCAAAUCGUACGGAUGAUACGGUUCCGUCAGGGGUUUCAGUUCUCCAGUGGCCUCUUCCGCGACACCGAUGGCGGGGGCGGCGGCGGCGGUGGAGGCGGGGGCGUAUGAGGAGAUGCUGCGCGUGGUGGAGGCGUGUGCUGCGCGCAUCCGGUGGCGCCUCCGCCCCGGCUCCAAGCGCCGUCUCCUCAACGAUAUACUAUUUCUCUGCACCGGGUUGCGGUCUGUGGUGCUGAUGGACUAUGGUGGAACAAUGCCUCAACUGCAAGAGAAUCUCUGCAGUCUGCUGUUUCACGCUCGGCAGGAAUCAAGCAUCUUGAAGCCACUAAAAGUGAUGGUUAUUAAAGAUAUGCUUUACUUGAUUCAUGUAAAAGGACUUGCUGAACAUGUGUCACCAAAUGCAAGGUCACAGCACCAGCUAGCUUUUGUGGACCUAGAGAAAAGCUGUUGCAAAGUCUUUACCUUCUCAGAUCCUCCUUUUUAUAUUUCUGUCUGCUGUAUGGUGAAUGUCUUCUGUUUUAUAUUACUGAAAGUUGUUUUGGUGCAGCUGCUUUCGAACAUGGAAGAGAAUGAAAAUGUGCUGGAGCUUGUAUCUAUCCAAGAUCUGUUUUCAACCAAAUUCCCUGUUGACGCAGCUGUAAAUUUGCCUGUUGUUCAACCUGUAAUAACAAAUCAAAAAUCAGACUUUCCAGGAAGAACUACUGAUGUGGAGUGCAUUGAUAUUCACGUUGCCGACAGGACCUUACUGGUUGAUCUGAGUGCCUACCUCGAGACCACCCAAAUUGCCUUGCCUACUCUGAAUGGGUGGCUUUUAGGUUAUCCAGUAACAUAUUUGUUCAGCAAUGGAAGUGCUGAGGCGGCCACACAGAAUCUCUCGAAGCAUUCUCUUCAUAUCUACCGAGUAUUUGUGUGCAGAAGUUGUCAGUCAGGUGCCAAACAAUCAGAAGAGGAGCUGAUGAGUUUUUCAGUUCCUUGUGAGAUGAGCAUGAAAUGUGGUGAAGAACCAUGGGCCAGGUUAUUUAUAGCUCGCAUGAAUGAGAAGCUCAAGCAAUGCAACCAAGUCUGGGCGUCGAUGAGGCUAGAGAUUGAGAUUUUCCAAAGCCAGUCACAGGUCAUUGUGUUAUAGUUUAGGUCUGCGUGCAUUUUACUACAUGAAUGCUGCUGAAUUCGCAUUCAAUGAUCCUGCAUGACGGCACAUGUUAUCCGUAUGAUUGGAGAACUUGAAGGUUCUCGAAGGUACAACAUUGAUCAAGGCCAUCCACAAGACCAGAACACCCAUACAUGUACCAGUUUCAGUUCACCCAACAUUCUGGAUGUAUCAGGGAGGAGACACAUAAAAUGGCUCUGUCGACAUGGCGCGACCAUGUUUCUCACUACCUUUUGAUGUAAUCUACCCCGGUAGUAUGCCUGGGUUUUACCUGUUAUUUGAGUUAUAACAACCGUGUACGCCUAGUGCGGUUUGCUUUCGAACGAAAUAGGUGAGGAUUGGGAACCUCUCCCCCGUUAUUGACCGGGGAAAAAAUACCAUGAUCAUCACCUGCCUGUAUAAGUAAUAUCACGGUGAAGAUUACAUAUCUGUUAUAAUGCAUAACGAUAAUUGAUGAUGCA